AGAUAAGAAUGCCAAAUUUGACAUAUCGAUCUCGAUAGAUAAUAAAGAAGAAGUUAUUAUAAAAAUGAAAUAGUGUCGUGUUAAUGCGCCUAACCAGAAAAUGCUCCGCCGAGCAGCUUCUACCACUUUCAGACGACAUCUUAUAACCUCUCAUUCUCGCCGUCCAAUCGCAUCAUCUUCUAGAUUUAUUGGAACAUUAGUUAUAGCAGAACAUGAAGGUGGUUCACUCACUAACUCUUCCCUGAGCUCAGUAGAGGCGGCUAGUAAGUUUUUGUGUAAAGACAACUCUUUAUCGUUGCUAUUGGCUGGAACGGGCCCUUCGUUACAAGAGGCUGCCGCAAAGGCUGCUUCUUGCCAUUCUUCCAUUUCUCAGGUACUUGUGGCUGAUUCUGAUAAAUUCAAAUACCCCUUAGCUGAACCGUGGGCCAAGUUAGUCCAUUUGGUGCAACAGCAGGGUGAUUACUCUCACAUAGUUACUGCUUCAAGUUCUUUUGGGAAAAAUAUAUUACCUCGUGCAGCUGCUCUUCUUGAUGUCUCGCCAAUUACUGAUGUCAUUGAAAUAUCAGAAUCGAGGACAUUCGUGAGGCCAAUAUAUGCUGGUAAUGCUCUAUGCACUAUCCGCUACACUGGUGCGGACCCUUGCAUGCUGACUAUUAGGGCUACCUCUUUUCCCGUGGGUUCAACUGCACCUGAUUCUAAAACUAGUGCUGCACCAAUACACCAGGUUGAUUUGUCAACCUUUGGUGAAGAUGGCAAAUCUAGACAUAUAAAGCAAACCUCUCAAGAUUCAGAACGCCCAGAUCUUGGAAGUGCACGUGUUGUUAUUACAGGGGGACGAGCUCUUAAAAGUGCUGAAAACUUUAAAAUGAUUGAAAAGCUUGCUGAAAAGCUUGGUGCAGCAGUUGGUGCCACUCGUGCUGCUGUUGAUGCAGGAUACAUUCCCAAUGAGCUCCAGGUUGGCCAAACUGGUAAGAUUGUUGCUCCAGAACUGUAUAUGGCUUUUGGCGUCUCUGGAGCCAUCCAACAUAUAGCAGGUAUGAGAGAUUCAAAAGUGAUUGUUGCAGUCAACAAAGACGCUGAUGCCCCAAUUUUUCAGGUUGCUGAUUAUGGGCUUGUAGGUGAUCUUUUUGAAAUAAUACCCGAGUUGUUAGAGAAGCUUCCUAAUAAAAAAUAAGUUAUAUCCACAUUUUAACCCAAAAUUAUGAUGUUAUGAAAAUACAUUUAAGUAAGAUUGUGUUAACAAAUCCCGAAGAUCCAAUUCUCUGAUGAUACAGCAAUCAAGCCACAGGGCAUGUUUCUUUACUCUUUCUUCCCUUCCGGUAACAACUUGUAUAUGCUUAAACAAAGAAAAAGGUUGCUUCGAUAUAAUCAUUAUGAAACAGUCUUAUAUUUGAAUAAAGCGAUUUAGAAGGUUAUAUGCAUUAGAAACAAA